AAGGGGAUUAAGAAUUAGUAGGGUUCAGGCCCACGCAUAUAAGCCCGCCAGGUCUCUCUCGGCGAAGCUCGAGUACGCUUCGCUUGUUUAGUUGGUAGCUAAAGCAGUCUGUCUCUCUAUCUGCGUUCAAUUUUGUUCUUCGUCUCUCAAGAAGUAAGAGAAGAAGAGAGAGAAUGAGCAGUUGGAAGAGUCUUCUUCUUCGAAUUGGCGAAAAGUCUUCCGACUAUGGCACCUCCGACGACGUCAAAGAACACAUUGAAACUUGCUAUGGCGUGCUUCGCCGAGAAUUGGAGCACUCUCCCGACGACGUUUCGCAAUUCCUUAUCCAGUGUGCCGAACAGUUGCCUCACAAGAGUCCUUUAUAUGGAACAGUGAUUGGCUUAUUAAAUUUGGAGAACGAGGAAUUUAUUAGGAAAGUAGUUGAGAACACUCAAACUAAUUUUCAGGAUGCUUUAGCUUCCGGAAAUUGUAACAAGAUUCGUAUUUUGAUGAGGUUCCUGACUGUUAUGAUGUGCAGUAAAGUUAUCCAUCCCAGUUCUCUUGUGGUUGUGUUCGAAACAUUGUUAUCGUCAGCUGCAACAACAGUUGAUGAGGAGAAAGGCAAUCCAUCCUGGCAAUCACGAGCUGACUUUUACAUAACAUGCAUUUUAUCUUGUCUCCCUUGGGGAGGAGCAGAACUCAUUGAGCAAGUCCCUGAGGAAAUCGAGAGAGUUAUGGUCGGUGUUGAAGCUUAUUUGAGCAUAAGAAAACGUUCUUCUGACACUGGGUUGUCCUUUUUUGAGGAUGAUGAUGAGAAUGCGAGAGAACCUAGCGAUAAGGAUUUCUUGGAAGAUUUGUGGGGCCGAAUACAAGUUUUAUCUAGCAAUGGAUGGAAACUUGAUAGUGUUCCUAGACCUCACCUAUCAUUUGAAGCACAGCUAGUUGCCGGAAAGUCUCACGAGUUGGGACCCAUCAGCUGUCCUGACCAACCUGCAAUGCCUUCAACAAUGUCUAAUAUAACUUAUGGUAAACAAAAGCAUGAUGCCGAGUUUAUCUAUCCACAAAGGAUACGAAGGCUGAAUAUAUUUCCUGAAAGCAAAACUGAGGACGUGCAACCCAUGGAUCGCUUCAUCGUGGAAGAGUAUCUGCUAGAUGUGCUAUUUUACUUAAAUGGCUGUCGAAAAGAAUGCGCUUCAUAUAUGGCUGGCCUACCUGUGCCCUUUAGAUAUGAGUAUCUUAUGGCAGAGACAAUUUUCUCCCAGUUGCUUAUGCUACCACAACCCCCUUUCAGGCCAAUAUAUUACACACUAGUUAUUAUCGACCUCUGUAAGGCUCUUCCCGGAGCCUUUCCCGCAGUAGUUGCCGGUGCUGUACGAGCUCUUUUUGACAAAAUAGCUGAUUUAGAUAUGGAAUGUCAAACACGACUCAUCCUUUGGUUUUCACACCACUUAUCAAACUUUCAGUUCAUCUGGCCAUGGGAAGAGUGGGCUCAUGUCUUAGACCUUCCAAAAUGGGCCCCACAGCGUGUUUUUGUUCAGGAGGUGCUGGAGAGAGAAGUCCGUUUAUCUUACUGGGAUAAAGUGAAGCAGAGUAUUGAGCAUGCCCCUGGUCUAGAAGAGUUGCUUCCUCCCAAGGGAGCACCGAAUUUCAAAUUUAGUGUUGAAGAAACCAGCGAAGGAAAUGAGCUAAAUGCACUUUCUUCUGACCUCAGAAACAUGGUGAAAGCUAGGGCAUCUGCCCGUGAAAUGAUAGUAUGGAUAGAGGAAAGUGUGUUUCCUGUUCAUGGGAUGGAAGUUACCCUCAAUGUGGUUGUGCAAACUCUCCUCGACAUUGGAUCUAAAAGUUUUACUCAUUUGAUUACCGUAUUGGAGAGAUAUGGCCAAGUCAUUGCAAAACUAUGUGCUGACCAGGAUAAGCAGGUCAUGCUGAUAAAUGAGGUUGAUUCUUACUGGAGGAAUAAUUCUCAAAUGACUGCUAUUGCAAUAGAUAGGAUGAUGGGCUAUCGACUUUUGUCUAAUCUGGCCAUUGUCAGAUGGGUCUUUUUACCUGCAAACAUUGAGCAAUUUCAUAUAUCAGAUCGUCCAUGGGAGAUACUAAGAAAUGCAGUUAGCAAGACAUAUAACCGUGUAUGUGAUCUAAGGAAGGAGAUUUCAUCUAUGAAAAAGAGUGUUGUAUCAGCUGAAGAAGCUGCAGCAACGGUGAAAGCAGAGUUAGAAGCGUCUGAAUCAAAGCUUUCACUCAUGGAUGGUGAACCUGUUAUGGGGGAAAAUCCUGUGAGGCUGAAGCGUUUGAAGUCACGUGCUGAAAAGGCUAAGGAGGAUGCCGUGUCUGUACAUGAAUCUUUAGAGGCUAAGGAGGCUCUUCUAGCCCGAUCCCUUGAUGAAUUUGAGGCAUUGUUCUUCUCCUUGUACAAAAACUUCCUCAAUGCGUUGACGGAACGGCUGCCAGAAGCAUCCAAAUGUGUUACAUUGCAGGGAUUAAAGGGGAUUCAUGCAGAUUCUAUGGCCGUUGACCUUGAGGAAUCAUCCGCAAUGGAUGUCGACAAUGAGAAUGGAAUACCCAAGAAAAGUGAACUGAAUGGUGGGAAGACGAGUAAUGUUUAUAAUGUAGGUGAAAAAGAGCAGUGGUGUCUAUCGACUUUAGGCUACCUCAAGGCCUUCUCGAGGCAAUAUGCUUCUGAGAUUUGGCCUCACAUGGAGAAGUUGGAUGCAGAGGUUCUAACCGAAGACGUGCAUCCUCUUAUUCGUAAAUCAGUUUAUAGUGGUCUUCGUCGAGCAACUGAUGGGUAGUGAAACUUCUAACUUAUCCCCCUCCCGUUCCCCCUUUUCUUUUUUUCCAAGCAAGCAACAAUGCAUGUUAACGUCGAUGAGGGAACCUUAUAGAUUCGAAGGAGAUGAGACUAGCUACAGCAUGUAUAACGAGUGUUAGGUGAUUUGUUUGGCUAGUUGCAGAUGUGUAACCAAAUCAACUAAUUAGAGGCUUAGUAUUCUGAAAACUCUUAUGGAUUGGGGCACUUUGUUACAAUUCAGCUGCUUCUCCCGUUGUCCUGGGUUUUGCAUAUAUGAAAUGGACUGUCUUUGCCUCCGAUAA